CUGGACGCACAGCUGGACUUGUUUCAUUCGGUACGCCGUAUAUAAAAAUAAUUUCAAUUUUCUGGGCUUUAUUAAAGCGCUAAAAAUGGAAAUAUGCGCCAACUUAUUAACCAAUACCAACUAUACAGAAUUUCACUUGAAGUGCAUAUAUUGUUCGGUCGAAAGUGAUCUGAAAGACUGGGAACAGUUCGUGCUGCACACGCGAAAUGAGCAUCUUUUGGAUGAUGCAGAUGAAGGAAGUGCCCAAAGUGAAAAUGAAAUCUUAUAUGCCCGAGACGAGCAUUUUGAGGCUUACGGAGACACUAACAACAGUGUCAGUGACAUGAAAGAAGAGAACGACCAAUUCCCUGCCGACGAUCUGAGGAUUGAAGAGUCCAAUGAGUUCAUUAUGGACAAUUUUGUUUUACAAUCACCAAAUGGAACGUUAGUGCUUGCCUCGCCUAGUUAUAAUGGUAUGUAUACGAUAUCAGAGACCGUUGAACAAGACAUUUCUGGCGAUGAGAGUGAAAAUUGGGCGACAGGGCAGGCGACAACAAUUAGUAAGGAUCACUAUCCGUCAGAUGAUGCCGAAUACAAUGAUGACGAGCAAUGGGUCAGCUCCACUGACUCUGAUGACGAACAAGGUGUAAGUCAGCCCAAACGUAGUCGAAGUAAUUCAACAAUAAUGCGCAAGUUGCGAGUUUCUUUCACACGCCACAAUCCCCGUGUACUACACUUCAUCGAAGAAUUCAAGAAUCAGCCAUGCUUGUGGAACCCAAAUGAUUCAAAAUUCGGCGACAAGAAAUUCGAAACUGAAGCCUACAAUUCAAUAAUUGAAGGCAUGGGCGAAAGAGCCGAUGUGAUUUUCACAGAAAAGGAACUGAAGAAAUCCAUACAGCAAUUGCUUAGUCAAUUCAACUUAGCCAGCCAAAGGGAUGACUACAAACCGCUGACUGGAAUGCCUGCAAGUUACUUUCGUAAAUGUAAAUUCCUCUCGAUCGCACCUGCCCAUUCACAAAGUGACAGCGACGACGCCGAUGAGAGUGUCCAUUCGGACGUAAUACAGCUAAAUUUCAAAGAGAUCAAUAAAAUGACGACCACUUUUAUUGAGACCUUCGAAAACUUUCCGGUGCUCUAUGACAGCUCGGUAGCUGAGUUUAAAUCCCUCGAAGCACGCACUCAAGCGUACAUUAAGAUAGCCCAGAUGCUUGCACCGAAGAUGCGUGUCAACGAAACUGAAGUUCAUCUAGCCGUCAUGCGAUUGCGUAAAUGGGCCUAUAUGACACUUCGGCGCGUUAAAUCAAAGGAAUUGCGACGCGCCUGCUCCAAAUCAGAGCUGCACUAUAUUCAACAGUGCAGCUUCCUGCCGCCAAAAUCGGAAAGCUUCGUUAUCAAAUGUGAAUUAUGCGACAAGCGUUUCUUCAUCGACUACACUCUUCGCACGCAUAUGGUCAAGGUGCAUAAUGUGGGCGAACUGCCAUACUUGUGCUCCCAGUGCCCGCGUCGAUUUGGCAUACAUCACGACAUGGAGCGGCAUAACUUGCGGCAGCACUGCGAAAAGUUGCUCAAGUGUGGAUACUGUGAUAGCACAUUUUCACUGAAGAACGACCUCAAUUUGCACACGCGUAUCCACACAGGGGAGAAACCGUACGUGUGCGAGCUGUGCGGCAAAUCCUUUCGACUGAAACUGCUGCUGGACUACCACAUAAAUGGUUUUCACCUGAACCUGCGACCAUUUGCGUGUGAUCUCUGUCCCAACACUUAUCGAAGGAGGGUUCAGUUGAAAAACCACAUGAAAGCCCAUUUCAAUAUCAAGGAUAAGAAAUGCAACGAGUGUGGAGCAGCAUUCACCUGUCCGACCAGCCUUUCCCGGCACCGCAAGGCAUUUCAUAACACUCCCAAACCUAAAACCCAGACUUCAAUUCUAUAGCAUAGGCAUUAAUUGUAAUUAAAUAAAAGCAAUAUAAAUAAAUAAUUUUUUCGCGCCCACAAAUAGAUUU